AAUUACCCAAACCUAUAUAUAUAUAUAUAUAUAUAUAUAUAUAUAUAUAUAUAGGCCUUUGUUCUAUGGAGAACCAUCUUAUAUGGAGUCUCGUGGAGAACCCCCUCCAUUAAUCUGGACCGUUAGAUCCAAAUCAAAUCUAACGGCUGUUCAUAAACAAUGUUCAAUUAGGAAACUGACUCUUUCUCUCUCUCGCUCUGUCCGUUAUUUUCGUUAUUUGCCGUUAUUUCAUCUCUCUCUCUCUCUAUAUCUCGCGCGAUUUCUGAUCUCGCGCGAUUGUGAUCUCUGCUCUCCAUCUCGCUUUCUUUCUAUCUCUCAAUCUAUCUCUCAUCAUCCUCGCGCUGAAUCUUUGUUUCUCCAACUUCGUCGUUGUCAGUGGAUUGAAGCUAUCGGAUAUGGAGAUUUCGUCAAAUCAAACUGUGUUUUGCUCGAAUCAAGCUCAGUUUUCCUCAAAUCAAGCUAAUUUUCGCGAAGUUGCUGACAUUCAAUCAUCAUCAGGCAAUUCUGUUUGUAUUGAUGUUGUUGAUAAUGUUUGUGAUACUACUGUUCAUGAUUUUGUUGAGGAUUGCUUAGAAGGUUUUGAUGAGUCAAUUAGUAGAAGCUCUAAAGUGUGGAAUCCUAAAGUUUCUGAUGACAAACUUAAACCAUAUCCUGGUCAACUGUUUAAAGACAUUGAGUCGGCUUUUAAGUUCUAUACUGAUUAUGGCAGAGAUGGUGGAUUUGAGGUUCGUAAAUCAACACAAAAAGUCAGGAAUGGUAUUAUAGUUACCAAGUACAUAAUUUGUUCUAAAGGAGGUCAUCACGAUACAUCCAUGACAAAGGAUGUUGAUGUUAAUUCAGAAUCAUCUCAUGCAUCAACUAGUGUUCAACUGCAAGUCAAGAGGAGGAAGACGGUGACAAAGAGAUGUGACUGUCGAGCAAAAAUUAUUCUCAAGUACAAUGGUUUCAAUGCGUAUGUUAUUUCGUCAUUUAUCGAAGUUCACAACCAUCGUCUAGCAUCGCCAUCAGGAAAAGAAUUUCUACUUUGUAAUCGAUCUAUGACUUCAUUUCAGCGCCGAUUUGUUCUAGAUGCUGCGAAAUCAAACAUUGGCUCGUAUAGAGCUCACAAUUUGUUCAAGUCGAUAUCAGGAUCCUACUCUGAAGUUGGGGCAACCGCUGUUGAUUUUCAAAACUGGAUGAGAGAUAUAAAAUUAUAUAUCGGCAAACAUGAUUCUGAUAUGCUGAUACAGAAGUUUCAAAACAAAAGGGACGUAUCAGAUGGAGGAUUUUUUUUCGAAUAUCAGACGGAUUCAAACGGUCAUCUUACCCGUCUUUUUUGGGCUGAUAUUCAAGGACGUAGGAGUUAUGAAGUAUUUGGUGAUGUUGUAUCUUUUGAUGCAACAUACCGUACCAAUAAGUAUGGAAUGGUAUUCGUGCCUUUUAUUGGAGUAGAUAAUCAUUGGAAGAGUGUUACUUUUGCUUCUGCAUUACUAAAUCAUGAGGAUGCAACAAAUUUCACGUGGGCUUGUGAGAUGUUUCUUCAAGCAUUUGGCCGUCCACCAAAAUGUAUAAUAACUGAUCAGUGUCUUGGGAUGAAAGUUGCAAUUUCUAACACAUUCCCACAUUCUAUUCAUCGUUAUUGUAUGUGGCAUAUAAUGCAAAAGUUCCCUGCCAAGGUUGGUCCUGUGUUCUGUGCAGAAACGGGAUUUAUGGAAAAACUCAAUAAGUUUGUUUGGUCAUCACAUUUGACUGUUCCUGAGUUUGAAAAAGGUUGGGAUGAUGUGCUUAAGGAAUUUGGAUUAAGUGAACAUGUCUGGUUGAAAGAGAUAUAUGCAAUGAGGGAAUCAUGGAUUCCUGCUUUCUUUGCAGACAAGCCAAUGGGAGCCUUAUUGAGAACAACCUCAAGGUCAGAGAGCAGUAAUUUCUACUUUAAUCAUUUCGUCCAAAAAGGGGAUACUCUUUCAGAGUUCUACUUGUGUUAUGAGAGUGCUAUUGACAAACAAAUUCAUGACCAAAACAAAUUGAACACCACUGACAAGAAUUGUAUUCCACAAUCUAUUACUGAGAAGGCUAUUGAAAAGCAUGCAGCUUGCCUUUAUACUCGAACUAUGUUUUAUAAGGUUCAAAAACAAAUAAAAGCCAGUUGCUUUCAUAUCAGUCUUGGUGGGCAACCAAUUGUUACUGAUGGCGUGAAUAAAUAUUUACUUUGUGAUAAGAGCUUGAAUGGUAAGUUGUUUGAGGUUGAAUUUUGUUUGUCAACAUAUGAUAUUAGCUGUUCCUGCAAGCUGUUUACCAGAGUAGGCUAUCUGUGUCGUCAUUGUUUCUAUUGUUUGAGUUUGUGGGGUGUUGAUAAAAUCCCACAUCAGUUCAUAUCUAAGCGUUGGAUGAGGAAUGCAGAGAGAUUUUGCAAAUUGAAGUUUACUGAUGAAAGCGAAUGUGCUACUGAUGGGCAUAUCACUAGAGAAAUUGCAAUGAGGAUAUGGACAGAGUAUCAAGCUUGUGUUGAUAAUGUUUGCAAUAACCUGAAAGGUUUAGAGUAUUUGUUGGAUGAGAUGAAGUGUUUGAGGAUUAGAGUUGAAGAGAAAUUUGAUAAACGUCCGGCAACAAAAGAUGAUAUGCUGGAAGAGAUUUUUGGUGUGAGGCCUUCAGGUUCAAGUAAUGUACUUCCACCACUGCCAAGUAACAACAAAGGAUGUCGUAAAAGAAUUGUUGGUGGUGCAGAGUUAAGUCGUGAUGGGAAGAAAAGACCAACCAGGACAUGUAAAUUUUGUCAUACUCUUGGGUAUCAUGAUUCACGCAACUGUCCGAAGAAACUCCUUGUUAAUCAGCAGAUUCCAACUAUUCCUAAUAUACAAGUAUCUGUUAGUCCUAGCUUCUACUCUCAGAAUAUGACUAGUUAGUAUGUAUA